AAAAAGUCGACGCGGAAACAAAACCAAUACAGCAACUUUUGGCCGUUGUUGUAAUUCGUGUCUGUACGUUAUGGCUCCCAAGUCACUUGCGCAACAGCUCGCGGAGCUGGAGGAUCCUACUCCUAGAGAUUUCGAUCCCGAGGAUCUCGAUCGCGGGGUUCAGUCGAGUGAUGAGGAGGGAGGGAAGGCUGUGGAUGCUGAUGCGGGUCGAGAGCACUAUCAGGCUGUUGGCAAGGGAAAGCUUCGCAAACAGGAUCCCGUCGCCUUGGGGAAACAGUACGCCGGCUCGAAGGUUAGCAGACAGGCGCUCGAGGCCGACAGCGAUGACGAUCCGUUCGCGGCCCGGUCCAGCGAUGAGGAAGACGAGGACGACGAGGACGACGAGGAUGACGAUGAGGAGCUAGGCAGCGACGAGGACGCGGAGGAUAUCUCCGACGACGACGAAAGCGAGGAGGAGACUCCCCAACCCGCCAAGCGUGAAGGAAAGAAAGCCAAGGAGGUCAGCUUUGACGACAUGGAUACCGAUGAGUCGGAUGAGAUGGACGGUUUCGAGGACGAGGACGAGGACGAGGACGACGAAGAGGAGGAUGAGGAUGAUCUCCCAGCUGACGAGGACGAUGAGGAUGAGGACGAGGAUGACGACUCCGACGCCUCCGACGACGAACCCCGCCGCACCGGGAAGACCGACGACCGCGAGGAGCUCCGCAAACUGAUGGCCUCGGACCAGAAGACCAUCGCCGCGACCAUCUCGCAGGCCGCCAAAGCUGACGCCGCCAAGGGGAAGGCCGUGAAGCAGCAGCGCGCCACCUUCGACGCCCUCCUCAACACACGCAUCAAGCUCCAGAAGGGCCUCACCGCCAUCAACCAGCUCUCCCUGGCGGCCCAGCAACACUCAUCCACCCCCGACGAGAAGAACACCUCCGACGAUGCCGCCGACGUCGACGCCGUCCCCGAGCCUCUGGACGGCGAAGCCAUCAAGUCCGCCGAAUCCGCCGCCCUGGCGCUGUGGUCCACGCUCGAGGAUCUGCGCCUCGCUCUGGCGGACGCGCACCACAAGCAGCAGCAGGGGGAUGACGACAGCAAGAAACGCAAGCGCCCGGCGCCCGUCACGCCGGCCACCUCGUCCGCCUCGCUCUGGAAGCGCAUGACGGCCCUCGAGGCCGAGUCGCUGGCGCACCGGCGCGCGGUGCUGGACAAGUGGUCCCAGAAGGUGCGCGGCGCGACCGCGGCGACCACCGCCAACGCCCGGGGCAAGCUGCUAUCGGCCUCGACGGCCUCGCAGACGAUCUCCACCGUGCUGGACGCGCAGGUCGCCACCGAGACGGCGGCCGGGCUUCGCGCCGUGAAGCGCGCCCGCACUGCCCCUGCCGCUAAGUCGACCACCACCACCACCACCAAAGCGGCGGAGCAGCCCGACGAGCCGGCGGAGCCCCUCUACGACGACACCGUCUUCUACCAGACGCUGCUGCGCGAGCUGGUCGAGCAGCGCAUGUCCUCCUCGGACGCCAUCACCAACGGCCUCGACACCCUGCACCUGCAGCUGCCCUCGCGGCUGUCGGCCGUGCACCCGGUCACUGGGAUGCGCAAGGACAAGGUCAAACGCGACGUCGACACCCGCGCCUCCAAGGGCCGUAAGAUGAAGUUCGAGAUCCACGAGAAGCUGCAGAACUUCAUGGCGCCCGAGGACCGCGGGGCGUGGACCCGCCACGCGCGCGAGGAGUUCUUCGCUUCGCUGCUGGGGAACACGGCCAGCGGUAUGCUACGCGAGGAGGACGAGGACGAGGAUGUGGAUGCGGCUGGUGAGGAUAGCGAUGUCGAUCGUGAGGAGGGUGGCUUGAGACUCUUCCGGAACUAGCCUUGUGCUCUAGCAUAGAUACUCGAUUCUUAUUUAGAGGUUGCCAUUCAAAAAAGGAUGUACUGUAUAUAUCGCAUUGGAUUGCAAAUCAACAAAAGCCUCCGUUUCGCCACAACCCG